AUGGUCCUAAUAGAGUUUCUGGUGGUGCUAGCAACAAUUGGUGUGGCGAGUUUAUCAAACACCACGCAAAGUCCACCACAUAACGUACGAGCUGUGGGAAAAAGAGAAAUUGUGAACUUAGAUAUUUUUGGGGGUGUAUCGUCCGUACUCGUUAUAGGAAAAUCGGCUUAUAAUUUAAUUACAUCAAUUGAAUCAAAAAAAACAGAUAAACCGUUUCAAUGCAUCAACAAUGCCAGAAUUCAAAUUGAAGCAUCAUUACCAGCAACUGUAAAAAUGUGCACCAAAGAUUGGAGUUCAGAAUGGCAAGAAAGUAUUCUUAAUAUCAAUAAGUAUAAAAAGGGUUUUCAAUAUAAGUAUGAUGUUUUGAAGGUUAACAGAAGUCCUCUCCAAUUUAUAUCAUUUGAAUACCUCGGCAGCGUUUGCAUACAUUUUUUAGCGUUCAGUUGCGGCCCAUCUACUGUAAAAGGUUUUAAAACAAAAGGAGUAAAUUUUAUAAUUGGAUCACGUGUUCUUGAGAAAUGGUAUACCUGGAACACAGAUAAAAAUCUUCACGGUAUUCGACGAUGCGGGGAAGGUAACAGAGGUAUUCGUUUGGACAAAAGUGUUGAAGUUUCGUUCACUGUAAAAAGUGAGGCAUUUUACUGUAAAGAAGACGAUCAAUUUUGCAUUGCUAACAAUGUUUUUUUUAAUAAUGGAUUUACUAACUGCUACAAAACCUAA